UACAAAUAGAUGAAUUCUGACACAAGACCGGUAGUUUUCAUUUUCAGGGUUAUUUUCCUCCUGUAAACCUCGAUUCCAGAUUGCAACAGUAAGUUCACAUCAGCGGACUGUCAAUUCAUAAUGAACUACUCGUCGAUUGUCAUCAUAGUGCUGCUAGCUGUGAUCGGGUUAGACCUCGGACAAGCUACUUACGAUCAUGACCUUGAAUUUACAGAGGAUGAGUUCCAAACUCUAAUGGAUAUGAUGGAGGAUUCAGAGAAUGAACGAGAUGUGCGCCUCUCUAACUGGUUUAAAAAGGCAUUUAAUUCUGCCAAAGAUUGGACGAAAAAGGCCGCCAGUGACGCAGGGAAAUGGACGAAGAAGGCUGCCAGCGAUGCAGGAAAAUGGACCAAAAAAGCCGUCAAAGACGCAGGCAAAGCAAUCAAGAAAGGAUGUGGAUAUGUCAACGAGAUACCGGUAAAAGAACUUGUUUAUCACAGAACGAAGGAGAUGACAGAAGAAGAGUUUAUGUCGGAUGUCGACGAGGCUCAGCUAGCAGCAGCUUACAAUGCUUUAAAAUCAGGUUGCAAAAUCAUUGGAAAGUAGAAGGAUGCACAUCGACUUACUCUCCCUCUUUCAAAUCAGGUGUCUCUAUUAUGCUACAAUCUGACAGUCAUACCAAGGAAACCGCCUGCAAACCGAACGAUUGUUACCGUGUUUACACUUGAUCGGCUUUUGGUUCAGAACCAAAAGCCGAUGCAGAAUCGGCUUUUGGUUUAUCUUGCACUGCGUUUACACGCUGUUACAGCUCGCGGUUCAGAACCGCGAGCCGAUGCAAAAACCCAAAGACAACACUGUAUCCGUGCGCUUACAAUUACGUCAAAAUGGUAAAGUAAAUGAAAUGCGCACCAAUUGCCGAUGCAGAAUCGGCUUUCUGUUUACACGUAGUCAAAAAGCCGAUUCUGCAUCGGCUCGCAGUUCAGAACCUACUACUUUGGUGGUGCAAAAUUGCCGGUUCUGAAUCGCGAGCCGAUGCAAGUUAAUCGCGUUUACAUGCUAUGAGAAAGCCGAUGCAAAAGCCGAUUAAGUGUAAACACGAUAUGUAUGUCAUAGGAAAUAAUAUUAUAACUUGGGACGGACUGAAUUAGGUUUCGCCGGUGUCACCGGGUAUUACUCUAUAAGAGAAUAAUCAUUAUCCCCAAUAACAUGUUAUAAUAAUCAGAUCAUUCUACAUUAAAUUUUACUGGUCAGAUGUCUAAAUAAUAAAUACCAUCAUCCUUUGCCUUUGGGGUCCAAAAUUUGUUUGCAUUUAUUCUUUGUUUCGUUUUCUAAUUUCAAGGACAAGUCCACCCCCCCCGCAAAAAAAGGAGAAAAAUCCAGCAAGCAUAAAACUGAAAAUUUCAUCAAAAUCGCAUGUAAAAUAGGAAAGUUAUGACCUUUUAAAAUUUUGCUUAAUUUCACAAAUCAGUUAUAUGCACAUCCUGGUCGGUACUGAUGACUGAGGACUGAUGACAGCACUCACUCACCCACUUUUUCGUUUGUAUUUUAUUAUAUGAAAUUAGAAUAUUAUAUUCUCCUCAUUGGGAAAUAAGCUUUCUUCCUCCAUGAACAUGGGGAAUUACAAUUGUUUUACCAUUUUAUGGUUCAGUCAAGCUGGUCCUUAUUAUCAAAUCUGUAAAAUUGAAAUAUUGUAGAUUUCAAACAAUAAAAACAAAAGAAAUUGUGAGUGACAGACAUCAUCGACUGUCUCAUUUACAUGCCACUGAGUUGCGCAUAACUGUUUUGUAAAAAAAGUGUCAAGUGUCAUAAUUUUCUUAUUUUACAUUCGAUUUUGAUGAAAUUUUCAGCGUUAUUCUUCUUUGAUUUUUCUUCAUUGAUUGAAAUAAAAAAAAAUUAUGGGAUGGACUUGAGCUUUAACUCUUAUGACACUCGAUAUAUGCUGAAAUGCUUUGUUAGAUUUGAUGAAAAGUUCUUGAAAUAGCGGUUCAUCCGGAUACAAAAUUAAUGUGUCAAGAUGUAAUUUAAAAAAAAUGUAUUUCAGACAUACGAAACUGAGAACCAAACGAUUCAUCAUACGAACAAUACAAUGUUAUUUUAUCAGAUACAAAUGUUUGUUAAUGUUAGUUCCUCUUAUUUUCAUUAAUGCAACUUAUAUUUUGUUUGCCAGAUCACAGGUAUAUACAUGUAUAGUUGUAUUUGUUUAGUUUCCAAUAAUGAUCGGACCUUGUCUAUAUAAUAUCAUUAGAAAAGUUGCUCUUGUGAUCAUGAUGAUUAUAGGACGGUUAUUUUUGUCGUUGUUAGCAAAGAUCUUGACGACGACUACGAUGAUGAUAAAGAUGAUAACAAUGAUGAUAACAAUGAUAUAGAUGGUCAUCAUGGUGUUAUGUGGUAGUGGUAGUCAUGAUGAUGAUGAUGAUGAUGAUGACGAUGGUGAUGACGUUGAUGAUGAUGAUGAUGAUGAUGAUGAAGAUGAUGAUGAUGAUGAUGACGAUGAUGAUGACGAUGGUGAUGAUGUUGUUAUUGAUGUUAUUUUGUUCACUCGUCUUCCUCCUUACUUUUCAUCCUUUCUUUCAGCUUCUUUUCCUUUUUUCCCUCUUUCUUUCCACUUUUUUCUCUUUUUUGUUUGUUCCGUCAAUAGGGGGGGGCUCGCCACCCCCCCCCCCCCCCGAUCUGCCUACGCAUAUCAAUAAUAAUUGCGAAUUUGUUAUUUUUUUCAUCCCUGGUAUUCUUCAGCACCCACAGUAAGCAAACAUAAAUCUGACAAUGUAUACUAUGAGCAUUAUGUUUGUAACAAUGAUUUGUUAAAUUUCACUGGCGUAUAGAUGGGGGAGGCUUAAUAUAGCACCCGCCCUUUAUAAACAUAUUUCCACGACCACGAGGAACUUGAUUUGAGGAAAAAGAGGAAAUUAACGAGAAAGGUAAAAGGUAGAAAAAAUAUUGAAAAAGUGCAAGGCUGAUAUCAUUAAUACAGUCAUGUCAAAAUGUAUCACAAAUAUAUAUUUUGGUUCUAAAAGCGUCGAAAUUCUAUCUUGCCUGUGACUUUUAAAGAGAUUUUGCCCUACAUGCCAUAGACCUAUACUUUCCCUAAAAGAUUUUGGCUCAUUAUGCCGCUGUUAUACAAUUCAAUGGUUUAUGACAUCAUCAUGACGCCUUCAUCUUUAGACAUAACAUGCACACAUUUGUAUUAUUUUUUUUUCUUUGUAUGAAUUCAUGUAAAAAAAAUAUGUACACAUUUGGGAGAUGGUAGAAAAUAAGGGUUUAUUUGAAUUGCAUUGAAUUGAAUUGAAUUUAAUUUAAUUCAAUGACGUUGGAUGUUUGCCCUGUUGCAAAGAGUAAAUAGCGAGUUGGUUUUCCCCACUUGUUUAAAGGGGAAAUGUAUACAGUUAGUUGACUAUAAUCAUGAUAAUAAAAAAAGUGCAUUAAAACAAUUUA